CAAAGUUGUAAUUUUAAACAAGGAUCUCUUUUCCCAACGGUCAUCAGUUCACCCUCUCAACAAAACGUUCCUCGCCUCUUCCCUCUCUGCCCACCAUUUGAAACUCUCUUUCUGUCUCUCUUUCUCUCUAUCGUACGCACUCGUAGUCUCUCGCCUUUUACUCUUGAACAGAAGACAAAGAAAAGGAACCAACAAGCAAAAGAAACCAUGAAAUCAACUACAGAAAGUAGCGAGAAUCGUUUCGUGGGAAGGAUAUCAACAUCUUCCAUUCGUAAUUUGCUUCCCAGAUCCAUCUCCUCCAAGCGCAGGUCUACCUCCAACCCUAAAUUUCCCAAACUUUUCAGCUCCGAAAACACGCCUCCGCCGGAUCCAAACGUUCAAUUCAAAGAUCCUGCGCUCUCACCUUCCAUCCCCAAAAUAUCGCUCUCCAAGUCCUUUACCUCGCACAAUGACGCUGCCAGAUCUGAUGCUUCUUCCCUUCAAGACCCACCGCUCAAGAGAGAUGUUUCCAUAUUGAACAGUCAGAGUGAAACACCAGCAAGUUUGGAUCCGCCUGUGAAGGUUGUGGUGAGAGUUAGACCUGUAAAUGAUCACGAAAGAGAGGAUGGAGUGGCAGUGGGGAAGGUUUCCUCCAAUUCAUUAUCCGUUGCUAAUCGAAAAUUUACAUUUGAUUCGGUUCUUGACCCCAAUUCAAACCAGGAAGACGUCUUUCAGUUAGUUGGUAUCCCUUUGGUCAAAAGUGCGUUAGCAGGUUAUAAUACUUCAAUCUUGUCAUAUGGACAGACUGGAAGUGGAAAGACCUACACAAUGUGGGGUCCACCAAGUGCAAUGGUUGAGGAUCUCUCACCCAACAGUCACCAGGGUAUCGUUCCUCGCAUCUUCCAGAUGCUAUUCUCAGAAAUUCAAAGAGAGCAAGAGAACUCGGAAGGGAAGCAGAUAAAUUAUCAGUGCAGAUGUUCUUUUCUUGAGAUAUACAAUGAUCAAAUUGGGGACUUGCUCGAUCCCGUGCAAAGAAAUCUUGAGAUAAGGGAUGAUCCUAAGAAUGGACUGCAUGUUGAGAAUUUGACCGAGGAGUAUGUGAGUAGCUAUGAGGAUGUAACUCAAAUAUUGAUCAAGGGGCUUUCAAGUAGAAAAGUCGGAGCAACAAGCAUAAAUUCUAAGAGCUCCAGAUCCCACAUUGUGUUUACGUUCAUCAUUGAGUCCUGGUGCAAGGGAACCUCAUCAAAAUGUUUCAGUAGUUCAAAAAUUAGCAGAAUCAGUCUUGUUGAUCUUGCUGGACUGGAUAGAAGUAAACCUGAUGAUGAUGCGGGUAGACAAUUAGUAAGGGAAGGAAAAAAUGUCAAGAAGUCCCUAUCACACCUUGGAAAAUUGGUGAAUGCUCUUGCAAAAGGAGCACAACCUGGGAAAUUUGAAGUUGCAGCGUAUAAAGGAUCUUGUUUAACACAUUUGCUACAAGAAUCUCUUGGUGGCAAUGCAAAACUCACAGUUAUAUGCAACAUCUCUCCGGAUAAUAGACAUAGUUGUGAGACAUUGAGGACACUCAGAUUUGGGCAGCGAGUUAAAGCCAUACAAAAUGAGCCAGUAAUUAAUGAAAUAUCUGAGGAUGAUGUUAAUGACUUGAGUGAUCAGAUUCGCCAAUUAAAGGAAGAACUUAUAAGAGCAAAAUCAGAUGCACAUAAUUCAGUUGGGAAUAAAAAUGGAUACUUUAAAGGGCGGAAUGCACGUGAAAGCUUGAACCACUUGAGAGUAAGCCUUAAUCGCUCUUUGAUGUUACCCAAUAUUGAUAAUGAUUCUGACAAUGAAGUGAAUGUUGAUGAGGAUGAUGUGAAAGAACUACAUCAUCAGCUUAAUAAAUUGAAAAGUUCUUAUGGGGAGGACUCGAAAGAUCUAUCUGACAAUAGAAACUCUAGUCACUUUUCUUCUUUAGACGAGAGUUUUGAGACAGAUUUGAUGAGUGAAGAAGAAGUAAAUGGUCCAGACGAAAUUCAAACUGAAGAACUUAAUUUGGAGAAGCAUGAAGAGGACAUCAUUGCGUCAGAAGAUGACCUUUUAAGUACCCAUAAUACCUUAAAGGCGACUGAUCCAUCAGUUAGAAGUAGCAUAUCUAUCAGUUUAUGUCGUCAGUCUCCAGUUCUCCAGGAGCCAACGUUGUCCGAGUCUCCUAGAAUUGGAAAUACUAGGAAAAGUAUGGCCAUUUCUUCAUCAGCAUUUUCAGCUAGUCAGAACAAUGUAUCGCAGAGUGCGAAGUCAGAUGUGUUGUUCCAGUCACAUGGGCAGAGUGAGCACAAUCGUUCAUCUUUGCGUUCAAGCAAGAUGUUUCCAGGCCCCACUGAGUCCUUGGCUGCUAGCCUUCAAAGAGGCUUGCAGAUUAUUGACCAGCACCAGCGGAAAUCAGCAUUAAACAGAUCUUCAGUUGCCUUCUCCUUUGAGCACUUGGCACUGAAACCCUGUCCAGAAGUUGAUGCAACCAAUUCUUCUGUUCAAAAGCUAGCGGAAGAAGCACCAUUAUCUGGACCAUCCACUUCUUUACUAUGUGCAUCUUGUCAGCUAAAGAUCAAUGAUAAUUCUAAUGAGGUUCAAGAUAGCCUGAAGGCAUGGAUUUUAGCAGUCAAUGAAGCAAGAAAUCCUAACAAACUGUCAGAUGAGGCGGCUAAUGGUGAAGGCAAUGGUUUGGCAGAAGCCCAUAAGAGAGAGAAGGAACUUGAAAAUAUCUGCAAGGAUCAAGCAGCUAAAAUUGAGGAGCUAAAUCGCCUGGUAGAGCAAUACAAACUCAAGAAAGAACAUUCCAUCAUGGAUCAUGAUCUGGAAGGCGAUGGUCUUUGUCUUGAGGGCUCAAAGAAUCAAAUAAUACUAUUUGAGGAAUCCAAAAAUGAAGAGCCCCCAGAUCUCAUAAAGGAAAAAUGUGAAAUGAAGGAAGUUCAGGAAGAGAAUACAUGUUUUGAUGUGAAGGAGAAGGAAGCACUUCUUUUGGAAAUUCAAAGUUUAAGGACCCAGUUGAAAUCAUUUAUCGAUGCUUCUGCAAACAGAUCCAUUGAUAAACUGAGAUCUUCUUUGUUAGCACAAUCCAUUCAGUUACGCAAAAGUAUAGAUGCUCAAUGUGGUAAUGGGCAAGAACUUGAGAAGGAAAGACAGAGAUGGACAGAAAUGGAGAGUGAAUGGAUUUCUAUAACUGAUGACCUGAGGAUUGAUCUUGAAUCCAGUCGUCGGCGCACAGAGAAGGUAGAGAUGGAAUUGAGAUCAGAAAAAAGGAGUAAUGAGGAGUUGGAUGAUGCACUUAGUAGGGCUGUCCUUGGCCAUGCUAGAAUGGUUGAACACUAUGCUGAACUACAAGAGAAACAUAAUGAUUUAGUUGGAAAGCACCGUGCAAUCAUGGAGGGAAUAGCAGAAUUCAAAAGGGCAGCAGCAAAGGCAGGAAACAAAGGUGGCGCUCGCUUUGCCAAAUCACUUGCAGCGGAGCUUUCUGCCUUGAGGGUGGAGAGGGAAAAGGAGAGAGAAUUCUUAAAGAAGGAGAACAAGAGUCUCAAAAUCCAGCUUAGAGACACUGCAGAAGCUGUUCAUGCUGCAGGAGAACUCCUUGUUAGACUCAGAGAAGCUGAGCAUGCUGCCUCAGUUGCAGAGGAAAAAUUUACCGAGGUUCAAAAAGACAAUGAGAAAUUAAAGAAGCAAAUGGAGAAAUUAAAAAGAAAACACAAGAUGGAGAUGAUCACCAUGAAACAGUAUUUAGCAGAAAGCAAAUUACCAGAAUCUGCAUUGCAGCCAUUAUACCGGGAAGAUUCUGAAAUAACCCACAACACAGUUACUGAUGAUGAUCAGGCAUGGAGGGCGGAAUUUGGAGCAAUAUAUCAGGAGCAUUACUGAGUCAUUCAAGAACUUCAUUUCCCCAUUAUUGAGAAUAUGUGGCUGAAAGGAUCCUACUUGGGUCCAAGCUAUACUUACCGAAUACAUUAUUUAUUUAUUUUAUUAUUUUUUUUAAAUUGUUUCAUUGUAUUAUGAUCUUGUAUUUUUUUAUUACUCUAGUUCACGUUUGUACCAUUUUGCAAUAUUAUAUAGCACGGUUCCAUUGCCUUGU